AUGGGGUCGAGGCGCCGGCGCACUCACUCUUCUUCAGACGGCCGCCAUGGCGGGACAGGAGGAUCCGGUGCAACGAGAGAUUCACCAAGACUGGGCGAACCGGGAAUACAUUGAAGUCAUCACCAGCAGCAUCAAGAAAAUCGCGGACUUUCUCAAUUCGUUCGAUAUGUCUUGUCGUUCAAGACUCGCAACACUAAAUGAGAAAUUGACAGCCCUUGAACGGAGAAUAGAGUACAUUGAAGCACGGGUGACAAAAGGUGAGACGCUCACCUAGAACUAUGCUGUUCUGCUGCUGGGAAGUUGCUUUACAGAACACAGGCCACGUGGGAAAGGCCCCAGCAGCCUUCAGCUCCUUGUCUCCUUAAAGAACAACAGGGCUUUUUCUUGUUUUUCUUUUUUCAAAAGUGUGGCCUUUGGGCUCUGCCAUGUACCUCUGGGAGUGUGAUGUGGCAUGGGGGAGAAGUCCAGGGGAAUUGUUGGAAACAACAUUAGGCAUUUUACCUUUUCAGUAACAUUUUAUGGACCUACUUAUCAAUGUAUUUGAGGUGUUCAAAGCCAACAGUCUGAGAUUCUUUGUUAAGGUCCUUUCACUUCUGUUUCUCUCUCAGACUUUUCUCUUUGCCUCUGCACUGAUUCUGUGGACAGUCUUUGUCUCAUUCCCACCUUGGAUAGGAGGUGGGGGGCAGUCCUGCUUGAGAUACUUGUGCACUGGCAGUGGCUGCCAGAGAAUGUUAUUGCAAACCCACUGAUUUCCCUUUUUGGGGAGGUCAAGGCCAGGCCCCCACCUGGCUUAAAGGGACAUUUCAGAGUUUUCUUUCUGUCACUUGGGGUGUCUAUGCCUCUCAUAUUUCCUUAAUAAACUCUUCAACUUCAUCUGGCUGCUUUGAUUGUGGUGGGGAGAGAAACUAUAGAUGGUUUUAUCUAGGUCACAGAAGCGUUAUAUAUAGGAUUAUUAUUCUAACUUACAACUUUCAGAUGUAGCUGUUUGAUUCAAAGUCUAGGUAGCUUACCAGCCUGAGUCCUGGUGUUUGUACUUCAGCUAACUAAUUCAUCCUGGAAAUCGUUUGGUCAUUCAGCAGGAGACCAAGUAUUACUAUGCAGGCACGUUAUUCACCAAUAAAAGAAAGCACUGAAUCAGACAUAAUGGUUAUAUUCUGUUGAAAUACCAGCAUCCACAAAAUUUAACCACAAUCCAGGGCAGAUUAUCAGUUUUACAAGAUUCAAGCUAAAUAUCUACUUCCUUUGAAAAGCAAACCCUGGAGUUCAGACAGAAGAGUCUAUAAUGGUUCAUCCUGGUAUGCAGAGCUUUCUAUAAACUUGGGCCAACCUGCUUCUGAAGGCUUUUGUCCAAAAUCAAAUCUCCACUUUCAUCACAUGGAAUUCAUCGUGUUCUGCACACACUAAUUUUCCUCUACACAAGUCAUAUUUGCCAUUCAAAGUCUAACUCAAAUCAAACUUCCCCCAGAAAGUACCCACAGACUUUUCCAUUCAGUAUUUGCCCUGUCCUUUUUCUUGGUUCCUCCUGUCACAUUGUGCUAACACUGCCCUUCAGCUCUGGAUUUGAUCUUGUUGUAUAUGCAUUCCAUUCCCUUUUUCCUAUACUGCCCAGCUGGAUGCCUUGAGGAAGGUGUGUAGUCAGUAAAUACUAAUUAAACUGACUUGCAGAAUUCAA